CAACAAACUUCAUACUUCAAAGCUCUCUUUCUUUUAGCUAUCUUAGAGCUCUUUGAAAGCAACUUUGAAGUUCCAGAACUGGCAAACUCUGAAGCAAGCCUGGAGGAAGAAGAAGAAGAAGAACGAAACGGAAGGGUGGUGGUCACUGCCCUCUACAAGGCCCUAAGCUGCAAGGACUUUGAUGAGGUGCAACGUCUACUCCCACCAGACCUAGAGUGGUGGUUCCAUGGCCCACCGAACCGCCAGCAUUUGAUGCGCUUGCUCACUGGCUCAUCACCAUCGUCCCCAAAAGACUCAUUCCACUUCGUUCCUCAAUCCAUUUUUGCCUUCGGAUCGACGGUCCUCGUCGAGGGCUACGACAAGGAAUGCUCGGUCUCGUGGGUGCACGCGUGGACCGUCGCCGAUGGGAUAAUUACCCAACUCAGGGAGUACGUCAAUACUUCCCUCACCGUCACCCGCUUCAGGUCACAGCCGAUAUCGUCCCCGGCUGUCGCGACGUCAUCACAGACGUCAGCCAACAAGUACUGCCAGAGUACUGUUUGGCAGAGCCAGCUCUCUGACGACAAGUCCUCGCCGGGCCUUGUUUUGGCACUCUAAAGUAGAUGGAUCCCACGGGAUCAUUAUGGAAUCACAAUCCUCGAUCUGUUGCGUCAGUACUGUGUGGUGUGAUCAUGUGUUGUUUGGUCGGUCGUCUUGUCUGUGCAUGGGUAUGUGCUGGAACCUUCUUCUGGUGUCCUUUGGCUUUCAGUCUGGUACUUCCAUGGUGUUUAGAGCAUUUGUAGUGAACUUGAGCAAAUUUUGACGAAGAAUGUACACUUUUGUUAUUUUAAUUAUCUCUUUUUUAAA